AAGAAACCAAUUUUAUCUUUGCAACAUUUCUUCACGUCGUUUACACUUUGCACUCCAAUUUCACCGGAUCAAACCUGUAAUCAGAUAACAAAACCUUUUCUUCACAGCGAUGGUUGGUUCAUUCGCACCUCAACCACCGGAGUUCUCGGUUUCCGGUCAUGGAACCGUUCCCAGACCGUUCCAUCUCAUCACCAACGCCGCCGCUCUCCGCCUCGGUCAUUUCCUCCGCCACAGUUUCCUCACCCAUCGCCACCACCUGCGCUCGAUUCUACAGUCACCUGUAACGAUUCCUCAUCUGGGCCAUGUUUAUCGGUUAAAUGGAGUGCCUUAUGAAGGAUCACACCAGUUUGAAUGGUUUAAGCUUGGGCAAUGGCCUCAUGAUGCGUGGGCCACCACUUUCUCUAGAUGCUUAUUGUUGUUUAGCGGAGAAGAAAACAAAACCAACUAUGGAGACCAAGGAAAUGCAUACUUAAGGGCUCCCACGAGAGGCCCGGUUAAUAACAGGAGAUUGACGAAUAUAUUACUUGCCAUUAAUGUGUUGGUGUACGUUGCACAAAUAGCAUCACGAGGGCAGGUGUUAAUGUGGGGAGCAAAGAUUAAUAGUCUGAUUGACAAAGGAGAACUGUGGAGGCUGGUCACAUCUGCCUUUCUACACGCAAAUGUCGGACACCUUAUGAUUAACUGUUAUUCUCUAAACUCCAUUGGCCCCACCAUGGAGCAUCUAAGUGGGCCCAGAAGAUACCUCGCAAUAUAUAUGACCUCUGCCGUCACAAGUUCUGCAAUGAGUUAUUGGUUCAGUAAAGCACCAGCAGUUGGCGCUUCUGGGGCAAUUUUCGGACUGGUUGGAUCUUUUGCCAUUUUUGUGUUGAGACACAAUAAGAUGGUUAAAGGUGGUGUAGGAGACUUGAAUCAUGUUGCUCGUGUGAUCGCCUUAAAUAUGGCUAUCGGGCUGUUGUCACAAGGUAUCGACAACUGGGGACAUCUUGGAGGGUUAAUGGGCGGAAUUGCUACAUCGUGGCUUAUUGGUCCCGCAUGGGAGGUGAAAUCAACAACUCGUCUUGGAAGAAAAGUACUUGUAGAUAAAGCACCUAUAUUCUCUCUUCCAGGCACAAAACGAGCAUCUCAUUAAUUAAUCACAACCGUUCAUAUUAGCACAUUAUUUGCAAGUGCAAACCAUCUUCUUUACGUAUUUAUCCACUUGAACAAUAGUACAGUUCAUCGUUACAGAUCAUGUUGGAGUUUUACUCAUGUACGAAAUACCUACUUCGAUCUUACUGUAUAGUUCAUGUUAAAGAUGUUGCAUUGCUACUGAACAAAAGAUUCAACUUUUAUGUCAAUAUGAUUAUGUCCUGUCUAUUUUUGCA